UCGAUCAUUGUUGUAGUAAAAUAAAGGUACAAAAAUGUCAUUGUCUGAAUCUCCUGUGAUAUUAGUUGAUCGGAAAGCAGCUGACGGCUUUGAAAAGCAUGAUCCUGCUUACAACGGUCAGCUUGAUCAGGCGAUUGGUGGGGGAGAUGUCGUCUUCGAGGAGUUGAGCGAGAUGAUUGAUGCCGCAGUGAAGGUGCAGAAAGCGUUCAGGGGACACCGUGAACGGUGCAUGUUAGCGGACUCCGCCAUUGCGAGUGAAGAGCUUUGGUCGAAAGCUUUGGACUUCGCUGCAAUGAAUCAGAGUACGAUUUCGUUCUUCAAAUCCUCCACACCUGAAACUGCUGUUUCCCGGUGGAAUCGCGUUAGCUCCAAUGCUUCUAAGGUGGGGAAGGGGUUGGUCAAAGAUGACAAAGCACAAAAGUUGAUUUUUCAGCAUUGGAUCGAAGCUAUUGAUCCGAGGCAUCGAUAUGGUAAGAACUUGCAUGUGUACUAUGACGAAUGGUCUAAAGCAGAUUCUGGUCAGCCAUUUUUUUACUGGUUGGAUAUAGGAGAUGGAAAAGAGCUUGAUCUCCAAAAGUGUCCAAGAUCAAAGCUUAGAGAACAAUGUGUCAAGUAUCUUGGACCCAAAGAGAGGGAACAGUAUGAAUACAUUGUUAGAGAGGGUAAACUUAUUCACAAACAAACUGGAGAUGUCCUUGAUACACAAGCUGACAUGUCGAUAUUUGUUAUGAGCACCUCUAAGCAACUAUACGUCGGUCAGAAAAAGAGAGGAAGAUUCCAUCAUUCUAGCUUCUUGGCUGGAGGGGUCACGAUAGUUGCAGGGACGCUAGGGGCAGAGAAUGGAACUUUGAAGUCUAUCUCACCAUUCACCGGCCAUUAUCAGACAACAAGUGAACGUCUCGAAACGUUUCUAUCAUUUUUCAAGGAAAAUGGAGUGAACCUUAGUGAAGUCCAGGUAUCUUCCUCAAAUUUUUCUUACCUUAUAUAG